AUGGAUUAUGCGCACGUGCGCCUAAACGCAGAGCACAACGUGGAUGCGAUCGAUUAUCGCAUUCGCGAGUACGUGUGCGUUCGUACGUGCACUGAUCAGAGCGCUGCACUUGCACACGCGCACCCAGACUGGCGUGAACACUGGCAACCAAUAGCAGCUCCCGCUGGAUUGGCAUCGACGCACAAGCGUGCUAUUAGCGCCUAUAAUGCGCACCUCAACCAUGUAAGCGUUGAUGAUUCAAGCAGAGCAGGCUAA